AUGGCUCCUUCUCCUCGUACAGAAAAGUUACUCGCUCUCGUCGAUCUCGUCGCUAACGCCGCCCAGAUCGUCGCCGAAGAGUGGGAGAAGGAGGAAGACGCUGCAAGCGUCAAGGGAUAUCAGGGGACUCCUCUCCCUACCGUGGAACUAUACAACGCCCAGCGUACCAUUAUCUCAGCCUGCGGUUCCUUCACUGAGCUUGUCCAUGCGCCACAGAGCCGCCUUCUAGAAGUAGCUGCUGAAUAUUUCGAGGCCCGAGCUCUUCAUAUUGCCACCGAACAACGCGUUGCCGAUCACCUCUCCAAGGUGGACCGGACGGUUGGAAUGUCGGUGUUCGAGCUAAGCAAGAUCAUCGGCAUCAUACCCCAGAAGCUCUCACGUGUUAUGCGCACCUUAUGCUCGACUCAUAUUUUCGCAGAAGUGCAGGAGGGGCGCUUCGCUAAUAACUCCGUCAGUGAAUGCUUGGUAAACAACGAGCCUCUUCGCGCGUACAUUGUUUCCCUUGCAUGGGAUAUCUAUACGGCAUCCGACAAGUUGCCAGAGGUUCUCACAGAUCCUAUCAAGGGCGCGUCCAACUCGGUGACCUGCACCGCGUUCCAGGAAGCCCUCGGAACCAAGCUUGCUCGUUGGGACUGGCUUGAGGAAGGCCUUGGUCAGCCGGAUGGAACCGUUAAGCCCCGCCCGGCGCUCGAGAUCUUUGGCCUUGCGAUGCUUGGCGGUGGUAGAGUCCUUGGAACGCCUCUCUACUAUGACUUCCCGUGGGAGUCCCUGAGCUCCGCUACGAUUGUGGAUGUCGGUGGCGGUGUUGGUGGAAUGAGCAUUGAUCUCUGCAAGCGCUACCCACCCCUCAGCUUCGUCGUCCAGGACCGCGCUCCUGUUAUCGAGCAGGCGAAAACGGUAUGGCAACGCGAACAGCCAGACGCGCUCGAGUCUGGUCGCGUUAAACUCAUGCCGCAUAACUUCUUCAUCGAAAACCCUGUCAAAGGCGCGGACAUAUACCUCCUGCGCUACAUUCUCCAUGAUUGGGAGGACGACCGUUGUGUCGACAUCCUUGCUUCCCUGCGCACCGCGCUAGGCCCCCACUCCCGCAUCUUGAUCGCCGAUCAGGUGAUGAACACGACCCUGGGCUGCCCCGAACUACCCUCUGCGCCGUACCCUCUGCUAGCCAAUUACGGUGUCUUCACGCGCUUUGCUCACGAGCGCGACCUAGACAUGAUGACGAUCAUCAACGGCGCAGAGCGCACUCCGGCGGAGUUCCGGGUGCUCGCUGAGCGCGCGGGGCUGGAGGUCAGUCGCAUCUGGGAGUGUCGUGGUAUCGUCUCCAUCACCGAGAUGAGGCUGCCCGCUGCGAGCCAAUGA